GCAGUAUAUAAAAUAAAUGUUGCAAAAAAAAUAGAAAAUGAAAAAAUUUGGUGUGUGUUUCAGAGUUUCAGCCUUAUCGAUUAGAGCUGUAGAUGUUGCUGUUAGCCCUCUGAUCCAUGAUUCAUCGGACAUCGAGCCCCAUCACUGCCCCUUCCUCUUUUCUCUUUUUUUUUUUUUUUUUUUUUUUUUUUUCUUCUUCUUAUUCUCUCUCUCUCUCUCUCUCUCUAUUUCAUUUCCUAUGAUAAUUAUUAGAAGUGGUAGUAGAGUGAAAAAAAUCCUUAACUAAGCAAGUCCCAACCAAUCCUCGAAGCUAAAGAUUCUUCUUCUUCUUCUUCUUCUUCACCCUAACAAACAUAAAAAGCUUUAAAACCUAGAUCCGACAUUGAAGGAACCCCUUUUUUUUUAGAUCCAAAAUAACGAUGAAGAGAGAUCAUCAACAUCAUCAUCAUCAAGAUAAGAUGAAGGAAGACGAAGACGACGGUUCCAACGGCAUGGACGAACUUUUGGCCGUUCUUGGUUACAAAGUUAGGUCAUCCGAAAUGGCCGAUGUUGCUCAGAAGCUCGAGCAGCUUGAGGUUAUGAUGUCCAAUGUUCAAGAAGACGACCUCUCUCAGCUCGCUACUGAGACCGUUCACUACAACCCUGCUGAGCUUUACACCUGGCUUGAUUCUAUGCUCUCCGACCUCAACCCUCCCUCUUCUACCUCCGACUACGAUCUCAAAGCUAUCCCCGGCGACGCCGUUCUCAAUCACUACGCUGUGGAUUCCUCUUCUUCCUCCAACCAUGGCGGCGAUUCGAAUGCUACCAACAAGCGGUUGAAAUGCUCCAACGCCGCUGUUGCUGCGACCACGACGCCUGACUCGGCUCGUCCCGUUGUCCUGCUCGACUCGCAGGAGAACGGUGUGCGUCUCGUCCACUCGCUUUUGGCUUGCGCUGAGGCUGUGCACAAGGAGAAUCUGACUAUUGCGGAAGCUCUGGUGAAGCAAAUCGGAUUCUUAGCCGUGUCUCAGAUCGGAGCCAUGAGAAAGGUCGCUACUUACUUCGCCGAGGCUCUCGCGCGGCGGAUCUACCGUCUCUCUCCGUCGCAGAGUCCUAUUGACCACUCUCUCUCCGAUACUCUUCAGAUGCACUUCUACGAGACCUGUCCUUACCUCAAGUUCGCUCAUUUCACGGCGAACCAAGCCAUUCUCGAAGCUUUCCAAGGGAAGAAACGAGUUCAUGUCAUCGAUUUCUCCAUGAGCCAAGGUCUUCAGUGGCCGGCGCUUAUGCAGGCUCUUGCGCUUCGUCCUGGUGGUCCUCCUGUUUUCCGGUUAACCGGAAUAGGUCCACCGGCGCCGGAUAACUUCGAUUACCUUCACGAGGUUGGGUGUAAGCUGGCUCAUUUAGCUGAGGCGAUUCACGUGGAGUUUGAGUACAGAGGAUUUGUGGCUAACACUUUAGCCGAUCUUGAUGCGUCGAUGCUUGAGCUUAGACCAAGUGAUGUUGAAUCUGUUGCGGUUAACUCUGUUUUCGAGCUUCACAAGCUCUUGGGACGGCCUGGUGCUAUUGAAAAGGUUCUUGGAGUGGUGAAUCAGAUUAAGCCGGAGAUUUUUACUGUGGUGGAACAGGAAUCGAACCAUAACAGUCCGGUUUUCUUAGACCGGUUUACCGAGUCGUUGCACUAUUACUCGACGUUGUUUGACUCGUUGGAAGGUGUGCCGAGUGGUCAAGACAAGGUCAUGUCGGAGGUUUACUUGGGUAAACAGAUUUGCAAUGUUGUGGCUUGUGAUGGACCUGACCGAGUUGAACGUCACGAAACAUUGAGGCAAUGGAGGAACCGGUUCGGUUCAGCAGGGUUUUCGGCGGCACAUCUUGGUUCGAAUGCGUUCAAGCAAGCGAGUAUGCUAUUGGCUCUGUUCAACGGCGGAGAAGGUUAUCGGGUUGAGGAGAGUGACGGCUGUCUCAUGUUGGGUUGGCACACUCGACCGCUCAUAGCCACGUCGGCUUGGAAACUCUCUACCAAUUAGAUGGUGGUUCAACGAAUUGGCUGAGUCGAGUCGAUUGAUCAGUUGACCGGUUAUGAUUGAUUUAUGUUCCGACCGAACCAAAACUAAAUCCUACUACUGUUUUUUUUUACCAAAUGUCACCUGUUAAGAUCUUAUCUUCAUUAUAAUUAGGUUAAUUCAAAAAAAAUAGUCUCGCUCUCGAGAGUUAUUUUUUGUUUUUUGUUUUUUUUGCAUGUGACAUUGGAGGGUAAAUUGGAUAGGCAAGAAUAGAAUUAUGUAAUUGGUUGAAAUAAAAUGUUAUCUAUUUUAAUGUCACCAGCUAGCUAUGUCUAUAGCUACAUAUGUA